UGGCCUGUUUGUAGCUGUUCAUGACGGAAAGGAUGGCGCUGAGUGGAAACUGUAGGACUAACCCCAAAGAGCAGGCAUCAGUUCAGAACAGUUUCCCAGAUGUGGUUGAAUUAAACGUAGGGGGGCAGGUUUAUUACACGCGUCACUCAACUUUGGUGGGCAACCCGAAUUCAUUACUCGGUAAGCUAUUCUCCUCCAAAAAAGAAGCAUCAAAUGACUUGGCGAGAGACCCCAAGGGCCGUUACUUCAUCGACAGAGACGGGUUUUUAUUCCGGUAUGUGUUGGACUACCUCCGAGACAAGCAAGUCGUCCUCCCGGACCACUUUCCGGAGAAAGGGAGGCUCAGGAAAGAGGCGGAGUACUUCCAGCUGCCCGACUUAGUGAAGCUGCUGACCCCUGAGGAUAUCAAGCACAGCCCGGACGACUAUUUCCACAGCGACUAUGAAGAUGGGUCCCAGGGCAGCGACCACCGGCAGUGCCCGCCGCCCUCCCUCGUCCCCGCGGACAGAAAGAGCGGCUUCAUCACAGUGGGGUACAGGGGGUCGUGCACCAUGGGCCGAGAGAGUCAGACCGACGCUAAGUUCAGGAGGGUACCUCGGAUACUUAUAUGCGGGCGGGUGGCCCUGGCUAAAGAAGUUUUUGGGGAGACCCUGAACGAGAGCCGGGACCCGGACAGGACCCCGGAUCGGUACACCUCCCGGUUUUACCUCAAGUUCAAGCACCUGGAGAGGGCUUUUGACAUGCUGUCGGAGUGUGGUUUCCAAAUGGUGGCCUGCAACUCAUCAGUCACUGCCUCGUUUGUCAACCAGCACACAGAGGACAAGAUCUGGUCCAGCUACACAGAAUAUGUCUUCUACCGCGGUCCAUCACGUUGGUCCUCCCCUCCAUGUGAUUGCUGCUGCAAGAACCAUAAGGGUGACGGCGAAGGCGAGAGUGGCACUUCCUUUAACGACCUCUCCACCUCGAGCUCUGAGAGCCAGUCAGAGGCCAGCUCACCCCAGGGAACAGUCAUCUGUGGCCCGGUUAGUCGCCAAUCACACCCCCACGCCAAUGUCCAAACCCUGGACAGGCCACUGAAAAAGGGCCCCGUCGCCAUGCUCCAGCAGUCCGAACAGCGGCGUAAGAGUGACUUGCUGCGCACGCUCACGGCGAGCUCCCGCGACACCAGCACCUGCAAGAAAAGGCCAGCGAAAGAGAAGCUGACGGUCGAGGAGGAGCUGGAAAAGUGCAUUCAAGACUUCCGCAAGAUCAAGAUCCCAGAGAGGUUCCCCGAGAGGAAGUACAUGUGGCAGGCUGACCUGCUGAGAAAGUACCGCCUCUGA